UUUGGGGGCUUGGCCUACCCACUGUUGGUGGCCUGCAUAAAACCCCCUCCUGGUCCUUGAAGAGGCUUCACAGCUUUGCAGCCUGAGGUCUGCUUUUGGAACACAGAGAGAGCGCCUGGAUUACAGUUUAACAUGUUGCUCGCUGUGGCGGUUCUGUGCAGCGUAGUGCUAUGGACGCACUCAUUGAACUCCACUGAAAUUCAGCCCCAGCAGGAUUUUGAUCUGGAACAGUUUGCAGGUGACUGGUUUCGUGUUGCCUUGGCUUAUGACCACCCAUUAAUUAUUAAAUACAAAAGCAAAUUUCUAAUCUCAAGAGGCCAUCUGAUUGCUAAUGAAUAUGGAGGAGCCAAUCUUACCAUGUGGACAAUGAAUAGCCAGAAGACUUGUGAUGUAAGUUCUUAUAUGUAUAAGAAGACUGAGCUUCCUGGAGCUUUUAACUAUUUCAGUGAAAGGCACAUGAUUGAAAAGGAUAUUACUGUGGUGGAGACUAACUACACUGACUAUGGGAUUGUCCUGAAAUACAAGAAUAUGAACAAAGAAUACACUCAGGUGGCUCUCUACGGGCGAAAAUCCGAACUCGCGCCGGAGAUCAUGGAAAAAUUUAAAUCGUUUGCUUUGUCUAUUGGGUUUCCUGAGGAGGCCAUCGUUACACCAGUUAUUGUGGACCCAUGUCCUCUUCCAGAGUCAAGUAAUGUGACACAGCUGGUGGACUAGAAGACUCACUGUUCAUCCAUCGUUUGAUCACCGGUCCAGCUGAUCUUGUAGUAAUGAAUUAGCUGAAAUAGGGAAAAAAAAAAUCUUUGCAGCUUUGUUGGUGCUUGCUAUUAUUUUUUUAGAAUCAUGUUUAUUCCUUUUAUGUACAGUACAUACUAAGUAAUAACAGACUAAAGCCGUACUGUUAAUUUUGUAAAGGCAUACUUGCAAAAUUCUUAUUUGGUAUAAUCAUGUACAAAUAAUAAA